AUACUACAUAUCUGUAAGUAUAUUUUGUAUACUUGAUAUUGGCUGUACUGAUUUGGCGCGGAAAUCUGAACAAACAGUUACCGCUAGCAAUCUACGCAACUCACCAAGUUACGAAGAUACCGGAAUAUGGAGCGUGCACCCCCAGUAGCUGAUUCUCAGCGUUUAAUGCUGCUUAAUUUGAUAAAGGAACAUGAGAGUGUUAUCAACGACCGAUCGACGGGAAGUAGAACUUUGGAGAGAAAACGUCAGGCAUGGCAAGAAAUUACUUUGAAGUUCAACGCCAUGUAUCCAGACCAACCUCCACGGUCAUCAAAGCAGGUCAAGCGCUGUUUCGACCACGUAAAACGCAAAGUGAAGCAGGAAGAUGCUGCUGUCAAGAAAAAGCUAUGCAGAACUGGUGGUGGUUCUCCACCAGAUCUUCGAAACCACUCAGAAGAGUUUGUGAUAGCUGCAUCGCUGAUGACAGAAGAAUUGGUCAUGGAUAAAGACGUUUUUGAAACAUUUCAUCCAGUUGAUGAAACAGGAGAGCCCAUACAUGAUGUUAAAAUAAGUAUUACGGAGCCACUGCCUUCAACCUCUCAUUUGCCUUCAACCUCAGCACAAUCAGAAAGUGGUGUUUCGUCUAAUCAUGAAUCAAGGUCCACAUUCCUUAAUCGGUCAGCUACAUCAUCACCGUCUUCAAUGGAACACUUAAUUUUUAAACCCAUAGUUCCCUAUGAAUCUUCCCGUCCUUCAACGCCUAUUGUAACUCCAGGCAGAACUUCACCAAAAUUGCGCAACACAUCACGGGACGUAUCUCCAAUACCUCGGUCUUCUACACACCAGAGGAAGCACAUUCUUCACCCAAAAAAUUGA